AUGAAUGCAUUCUUUGACUCUGUAUUGUCGCGUUCGCUCCCAGGAGCGAUAAUCGGUUCGCUGAUUAUCCAGAACCUCCCCCCGAACCCGCUGGCCCUCCGGCCCACUGGCAGCGAACACACCAUGGUGGAUGUAACCAAAUGGCCCAUAUUCAGCCUUAUGGGAGCAGAGGAGCUCUCCUUGAUUCGGAAGGCUUGCGUGUUCGGCUCGUCUGCUAAUGAGGCCAUCUACAUCACCAGUGAUGACGAGGUGUACGUGUUUGGGCUGAACUGCAGCAACUGCCUGGGCACCGGGGACAGCCAGAGCACCAUCGUACCCAAGAAGCUGGACUUCCUGAGCGGGAGGAAGGUGGUGAGCCUGAGCUACGGCAGCGGGCCCCACAUCCUGCUGUCCACAGAGGAUGGAGAGCUGUUUGCCUGGGGGCACAAUGGCUACAGCCAACUUGGAAACGGGACUACCAAUCAAGGAGUAACUCCAGUGCUGGUGUCUGCCAACCUGCUCAAUAAGAAGGUCACAGAGGUGGCCUGUGGCUCUCACCACUCCAUGGCUCUGACCGACUCUGGGGAGGUGUACGCUUGGGGUUACAACAACUGCGGCCAGGUGGGCUCGGGCUCCACGGCCAACCAGCCCACGCCCCGCAGAGUGUCCAGCUGCCUGCAGAACAAGGUGGUGGUGGGCAUCGUGUGCGGGCAGACCUCGUCACUGGCCGUGGUGGACAACGGCGAGGUGUUCGGCUGGGGCUACAACGGGAAUGGGCAACUCGGCCUGGGGAAUAACGGCAACCAGCUCACUCCCUGCCGACUAAUUGCUCUGCAAGGUUUAUGCAUUCAGCAGAUUGUCUCCGGCUACGCCCACUCCCUGGCAUUAACAGACGAGGGGCUGCUCUACGCUUGGGGUGCCAACACCUAUGGUCAGCUGGGCACCGGCAACAAGAGCAACCAACUGAGCCCAGUUGAGAUCAUGACGGAAAAAGAGAGAAUCGUGGAGAUCGCCGCCUGCCACUCCACACACACAUCAGCGGCUAAGACCCAGAGCGGGCAGGUGUACAUGUGGGGCCAGUGCAGGGGGCAGUCCAUAGUGCUGCCUCACCUCACCAACUUCUCCUGCACCGACGACGUCUUUGCCUGCUUCGCCACCCCUUCCAUAAUGUGGCGCCUCCUUUCCAUGGAUCAUGAGGACUUCUUGACUGUGGCUCAGUCUCUGAAGAAGGAGUUUGACAACCCAGAGACGGCAGACCUCAAGUUCUGCGUUGAUGGCAAAUACAUCUAUGUCCACAAAGCAGUUCUGAAAAUCAGGUGCGAACACUUCCGCUCCAUGUUCCAGUCUCACUGGAACGAAGACAUGAAGGAGGUGAUUGAGAUAGACCAGUUCUCUUACCCGGUCUAUCGCUCCUUCCUGGAGUUCCUCUACACGGACAAUGUGGAGCUGCCUCCCGAGGACGCCAUAGGGCUGCUGGACCUGGCCACGUCGUACUGCGAGAACCGGCUGAAACGUCUGUGUCAGAACAUCAUCAAGAGGGGAAUCACGGUGGAAAACGCCUUCUCUCUGCUGGCUGCAGCCGUGCGCUACGACGCCGAGGACUUGGAAGACUUCUGCUUCAAGUUCUGCGUAAACCACCUGACGGAGGUGACCCAGACCGCUGCCUUCUGGCAGAUCGACGGCGACCUCCUCAAAGAUUUCAUAUGUCGAGCCAGUCGCUGUGGAGCCUUCAAAAACUGA